AUGACUCGUCUUAUAACCCUACUGAUCUCGCUCAUUCUGAUACUCCCAACUCAGUCGGCUCCCGGAAUUCGAAAACCACUAGUGCCGAUUUAUUGGCAGACUGGUCAAUUGGAAGAGCAAAACAUCGAAAGCACCAGAAUCCGAAGAACCGUCGCCACUACUACCGAGGAGAAUGCUAUUGAUAAUUCGACGUCUUCUACGACUCCAAGCCCAAACACCACAAUGGCCACAAUGAAAGCCGUAGUGAUCACUGGAGAAGAGGAUCUUGUUCCGAAAAACGAGGAGCUGCAAAUCGAUUUGAGAGGAGCAGAUGCGGAUCCGGAUAGCUCUGAAAACGACCCAAAAAUCGAAACAAAAGUCGCCGACGAUUCUGAUGCUCCGAAAAUCGUGCUGCCCGUCCGCGAUCCGCUGGUCGAGCCAACCGAAAUGAUGUAUCAUGUGGAUUCCGAUGGUCCUGAUGACGAUGAAGAUUACCAAGAUUCCCCGGAUUCAGAAGACGUCGCGUCUUCUUCAGAAGCCCCAAUUUCCAAGUGGCAGAAGGCUAAGAACACUACCACUGAAGCUCCAGUUGUGAUUCUCAAGAAGUCUCAGGAAAUCGGAAAUUCCACGCGGCAGAAGGCGCUAGAGAAGAAUUCUACCUCAGAAGCUGUAAAAAAGCUGACAGCCCCGAAGAAUUAUGGAUCCGUUGACGUCAAGAACACCACCUCAGAAUACGUGAAGCUGACGACUUCGAAGAAUUCUGAAUCCACGUCUUCAGGAAAUUCCACGUCAGAAGACGUCAAGUUGGCUGCAGAAGACGAUGUCCGGGAGGAGAUUCCAUACAUUCUUCCUACUGGAGACGAUGACAAUGAUACCUAUGUGGAUAAGCCAUUCAAUGGAGACGUGUAUCCUCAGACGCUCUACGACCAGACCAACAUCUUCUUGCACAAAUUCUCCAGAAGCCACCCCGGAGCAUCGUUUGUGCUCGUCUGCACACUUGCCGCCAUCAUCGUCCUCCUCGUCGCUGUCGUUUUGUUCGAAUGUUGCAAGUCGAGGAGACGCCACCACGCUUACAAUUCGCGUUCCCGCACGCCUCCAUCGGUCACUGCAGACCUCUACAACACCUCCGCUUGCUCGCACUUCUACAGUAAGCCAACCCUUCUGCCAAAUCAACAGGAGGUCACAAUGCAGCUGGUUUCAUCGGACAUCUCAUCGGAUAUGAUUUAA